AUGCUGAUGACACGUUUUAACGAAGCGCAAAUGAAUGGGAACUAUGCAUCCAGCAACACACCAACUACAUCGCAACGUAUCGGACGACCUUCGCAGCGACCACAGCUGCCGCAAAAACCUCGAUUAACUCCAAGAUGUAAGUUGAAGAUAGCACAAAACCUUUUAAAAUUAAAUUUGCGCGCUCAAUUAAUAGAGGCGGUAAAAUUCAAUUUGCUGCGUGGCGUUUGCAUGCGGUGAGAUACUGAAAAUAUUUUGAACAACAAUCGCAUGUUUAGGAAACCUUUAAUCACAUCUGCUAUUGGUAAGGUGUUUAUAAUAUUCUAA